CAUCGGCAGUCACACUGAAGAAACGGAACGAAGCGGACGCAGGGCGAAAAAUACAGAUACUUUUCGGGGAAGAGAUACUUCUUCGUAUUCGUGCGUGGUUUCGUUUCGUCGAGAGAAAUUGCACAAAUUGACGGAACUGCACACUAUCGAGCGGAAAAUCGUUUGUGUGCCAUCGCAGAUCGAAAAGUGCAAUCAGUGUGUGCGAGUGUAUGUGUGUUAGUGUCACCUCAACCACAAUUAAUAAGGGAGAUAACGUAGAAAAGUAAAAAAAAAAAAAAAAAAACCUGUGAAAGCAAAACUAAAAUAUGCUUAAGCUACGGUUUAACCAAAUUGCCAACUAGCCAAAAGUAACCAGCACACCCAAAAAGAAAAAAAAAUCAUAUAGCCAACGAAUCACACGAGAGAAAGCAUCUAAGAAGAACCCACCCCAAAGAAAGAACUCUGCCCCCCACUUAGAGCUUCCAAUGGGUCAUCACCUUAGCAAGCCCACAGUACGCGCCAAUAACCAGGACAAGAGUGAUUUGCCCAUUAGUUCGAGCCCCAGAGAAUCCGCAGAACUAGUAGAAACAAUCGGACUGGACGAGGAGGAGUUGCAGGUAGAAGAGAUCCUCACGGAGGCCACAUCCGCCACAUCGUCGGCGGAAGUGCGUCAGAUCAUAAUUAAAAUUCAGUUGGCCAAAAUGGAGAACGGCAAUGCAGUAGUAGCUGGUCAGGUGGAGAAUCACCUGGCGGAGGUGGAGGCCGAAGAGCUGUUGGUAGUUGAGGGCGAUGGCGACGCCUCGUUGUCUGCGGACACGCUAAAUGCAAAUGGGCAGAUUGUGAAUGUGACGCUGGAGGGCGGCAAUGGAGAAGUGGGCGUGGUGACGAAUCGAACUGCUGGCAGUUCAACGGAAGCGCCAAAAUCCGAAAGACAGCCCGUGAAUAACAACAAUUUAGAGGGAAGCGUCGGUGCUGCCAUAAGUACGUUACAAUUGCACGACGGCAACAGCAACAGCAACAGCGGCAACACCAAUUACAGUAGCAACAUCAGGCCCAGCAGCAACACCAACAACCCUGUAGAAGACGCCGAAGACGACGACGACGACGAUUACGAAUUGGAUGAGUCGCUGCUGCGUCGGCGUCAGAGUAAUAUCCAGCAAAACCACGAGGCCGAAGCCGUCGAGUAUUGCGAAGUGCUCGAGUCGCUGGCAGUCAGCAAUAUGUUGUCGGCGGGAACACAACACACCAGUAAGCAAGUUUCCAGAAGCAAUAAUAGCAACAGUUGCUGCCGCAGUCGCAGCAGUAAGACAUUGUCAAUGGGCGCAGCAACAUCCACAUCCUCCGGAUCCACAUCCGCGACUUCAAAGAGGCGAUGCUGCAGGUGCAAGUGCCGCGAUGCCAUCCGAGGAUUAAGAGACAUGCUGCCAAGCAGCAAUUCAGUGAGCAAUAAGAAGGAUUCCAGUGCGGUGGCGUCAGUGCCAAGGAAAUCCCGGACAGCUGAUCGCCGGUCUACACCGCCCACUUUGGGUUCGUCGAGUGGGAGUAGCCAGCAUCGGAUACAGAGCCAAAGGAAACGGAAUUCCGUGGCCGUUCCAGAUGCGAGUCAUCACCAUCACCAGGUGAUUAUAAGGAUAACAUCGCCGCGCUUUGUGGUUGAGUCGCCCAAUGGCGGUCGGGUCACCGUGGUCACCGAACCAGCCCCCCAACCGCCCCAGACUCCACCAAAGUCACGACCCCUGACAUCGGCCGAAAACGCAUUGCCUGGAAUACCGUCAAGAGGCAACGCCGCUAUCGGAGCCCGCAACGUGACCGUGCAUUCGCAAAUCGAUUUCAUGCACUGCCUAGUUCCCGAUCUGGAGAAGAUCACGAACAGCAGUUUCUACUGGGGCAAGAUGGAUCGCUACGAGGCUGAGCACCUGCUCGAGGGCAAGCCGGAGGGUACUUUCCUGCUCCGCGACUCCGCUCAGGAGGAGUUCCUUUUCUCGGUCACAUUCCGCAAAUACGGCAGGUCAUUGCAUGCCCGCAUCGAGCAGAGCGGUCACAAGUUCAGCUUCGACUGCCAUGAUCCGUGUGUGUUUACGGCGCCCACGGUGACGGGACUGUUGGAGCACUACAAGGACCCCGCCUGCGUGAUGUUCUUCGAGCCCUGCCUUACCAUCCCACUCCACCGAAGACAGACCUUCUCCCUGCAGCAGUUGGCGCGGGCCACUAUUGUCUCCAAUACCAGCUACGAUGGCAUCAAUCAGCUGGAGUUACCUGGCAGACUGAAGAGCUACCUCAAGGAGUACCAUUACAAGCAGAAGCUGCGCGUCAAGCCCAUCGAUCAGAACACACCGGUUCCGUAUUACGGCAAUGUAUAGCGGGAGGAGCAACAGGUGGGCUUCACCUACUACGAGGAUGUAGAGAGCGGCAGCGAGGAGGACGAGGACGAUGAUGAGGGAGUGAACAUACGGGUGUCCUAUGUUCAGCACGCCGAGGUGGUGGCCCAGCUGCAGCAGGUCACCACAGCGCCUGGAGCGCCAUCGAGCUCUAACAGAUCGUCCAAUCUUCAGGAGCAACUCAGUAGGCUGCCCAAUCGGAUGGCCGCUGCCUUUGGCCGGAUGUCGGCCAAUCUGAAUUGCUACCAGAAGACUGUUUCCACUCCGGAGCACCGCUCCUCCUCCUCCUCCUGAUGGAGUAAACCAGAAACCAAAACUCAACCUGAGACAAUCCCAGUGCAGCGUGUGCCGCCACCAUAAAUUUAAAGAUCAAGAGAAACCAUAAACUACAACAGCCCCAAAACAAACAAAAAAAAUCGCUCGCUUGCUACAAGACUGUCAUAGGUCAAAAAACUAAACCCCUACCAUCUCCGUCUGAGAAUAGAAAACCAGCCCAUUAAUAUCUCAUCUAUAAGAAAGUAAAUUGUACAGAUUUUUUGAAUUGUGACUUUCUUGUUAGUGAGUCGGAGAAUUGUAGAAUCAAAAUCGCAUCUAGCUAAUUGUAAUAUAAACUAAGUAUUAUUACUUAAAGGAACCCCCUCUCCCACAACCAUAAGUAUUGCGAAAACUGUAUUUUCGCAAGUAAUUAUUGUAAUAUUUCGUUGUAUUUAUUUAAAUGUAUGGAAUCUAAAUUAUGUGUAAAUAUGAUCUACAAAAUACAGUCUAGUUAGUGUAAAAACUCUCAUUAGCCAAAUUUCCAAAUGUAAUUUUCAAUUAAUUUAUAAAUUUAUAUAUAUUAUAUUAUAUUUAUUUAUUCGAAGUGAUUUCGAUUACAAGCGAGUGCUUUGUUUUUACAAAAACCAUCAGUUAUACACGUGUAGAGCAUUUGUAAAUAUAUAUUAUACCGAAUUUCGCAUAAGCUAUAGCUAUAUUAAAUAUAAAGAAUUAUAAAUCAUGUAUUCCUA